GAUUCGAUUGCCGCAAUAAAGGAUUCAUUGGCCAAGUUGACUAUGGAGAAUGGAUCAGUGGUGACAUCAUUCAUAUUGAUUCAAUACACAGAAUUCGAAGACCACAGAUAUCUAUACUUCACAGGUUUCCUGUUAUUGUUCAUCCUUAUGCUAUUAACCAAUGUAAUUGUUAUUAUAGUAAUUUACAUUGAGAGAUGUCUCCAUGAACCCAUGUAUUUUUUUGUGUGUAGCUUAGCAGUGAAUGGAUUUUAUGGCACUAUAUCUUUAUUACCCUCAGUACUUGUUAAUUUAAUGUCUCAUACUUAUGAAAUAUCUCUGACUGCUUGCCUUUUACAGAUCUUUUGUGUACACACAUAUGGUUCAGUUGAAUUUUGUAUUUUAGCCGUGAUGGGCUAUGACCGUUAUGUCGCCAUUUGUCAUCCACUACACUAUCACCAAUUAAUGUCUCAUAGAAAAUUGUGCACUCUUAUUGCAUUGUCCUGGAUUUAUCCUUGUAUUCUUUUUGGACUCUAUUUCAGAUUAACUGUACAGCGGACAUUUUGUGACAGGAUCAUGGAAAAGAUGUACUGUAUCAAUUUUGCAGUAGUCCCAUUGUCCUGUUCUGAAACUUCUUUUCAGAGCAAAAUUGGCUUUGUUGUAACUUUUUUUGUAGUUGUUCCACAGCUGCUCAUGAUACUGUUUUCUUAUGCACAAAUACUCAGAAUCUGCAUGUCUGCUUCUAAGGAAUCUCAGACCAAAGCUCUUCAAACAUGCACCCCACACCUACUGUCCGUGAUUAAUUAUUCUGUGGGAUGCUUAUUUGAGGUCUUCCAGAGUCGUUUCAACAUGAGUCAUGUACCAUAUAAAGCUCGCAUAUUCCUGUCUCUUUACAUUCUGAUAUUUCCCCCAGUUUUUAAUCCUGUCAUUUAUGGAAUUAGCAUUCAAGCCAUUAGGGUUCAGAUUUUCAAACCGUUUAAUACUUGGAAAAACAAGUUAACUCCACUGCAGGUGAUGAGGAAGUAGUUUCAUAAUUGUUUCAUUCGUUACGCCAAUCACAUAAAUGAGCUAAACAUGGAAUUCCACUGGGUGAAUGAGAAGUCUUGACACUAAUAGCUUUGCAGCAGGACAAGAAAGCUGUGAUUAUUUCGGCCGGUAGAAUCCAAUCCCAUCUUCAUUAAUAUUUUAGCAUUUUGCAGAUACUAAUUUAGACCGACAUACACCAAUCACUAACGCAGUGUUUUAGGGUUUCAUUUCAUGAAUUUGCCUCUAUGGCAGAGGUUCUGCCGGCCAGAGGGAAAUACCUGCAGGGUUCUGACAAUCCUGGAAUGGCUACUGUUGCAGCAGUGUACAAAAAGAUAUUUAGCAUGUUACAGUUAUGAUGCCUCACAUUUAUACUGACUCUCCCCAGUAUCCUAAGUGACUAACUAACAUAGAUGUCAUUAGCCUAUAGACUGUGCUCAAAACCGGCUAUUGUUAAGUUUCACAGUCUGACCAUGAAGUUCUAUGAAUGAACACAAAUAAACAUAAAUUUCACGCAAAUACACACAAAAGAUGUUAUGAGUAACAAGAAUAGACACUCAUUUGACAAGCUGCUGUUUGUUUGUAAGUCCUUCAGUCGAAGUGUUAACAGUCAGAUAUGGAUUUGAGUGCUCAGAUUUGCCACCUGGUGGUGGUUGCAGGAAAAACAAAAAAUAUAUAUGCAAAUUUGCCUCUGCCAGGAAGAUAUCUCAUGGUGGCAGUGUUGAAUGAAACCGUAACCACUGUACAUAAAAGUAAUAUUUAUUGAUAUUGACUGAAGCAUUUCCAAUCAGUUCCCUUGCUCAAGGUCACGAUGGCAGUGACCCAUCUGUGGUAUUUUUGAUCCAAUAAAGAAUCAAAUUUGUCUCUGCCACGUCUAUCGGUGCAGUGAGCACACACACCUGGGUUGUGUGAACCAAAUCAGCCCAGGUGUUUCAAGGUGUGCUGCUCAGCAUGGUAUAGGCCCAAGACCGGAAGCACAUGCUGAGAGAGAGAGAGAAAGAGAGAGAGAGGGAAAGAGAGAGAGAUAGAGAGAAAGAGAGAGAGACUGGCUGAUCGUCAGAGCACAGAAGACAGACAGCAAAUCAAAACUAACGCCGCGGAAAAUCUGAGGGUCUGCUCAGCUAAAAAAUGGAGAGCUGAGAAACUUCCGCUACGUUUGGUUUGUCUUUGUUUUAGUUUGUUGUUUUAAUUUCUUGUUUUUGCCUGGAAUCCCUGAUGGGGAAUGGUGAAGGUGCUUGUUUUCGUGUUGGUGUGGUUGCGCUCUCUCUCUCUCCAUGUAGAAAAUUAUGGUCCAAACUGCUACAAACAUAGCGUGUGAAGCAAACAUACAACUUCAGUUUGGUAAUCCCAGUUCCCUAACCAUUAUGCUACAUGACCACCCAAAUGAAACCUUGACACCGUUUUUGACACCUUGUUGUCCUA